AUGCCUUCCAAGGCAUUUACCUAUUUCUACACCGCGUACUCCCUUGUUACCGUCCCGGCAUGGCUGGCGGCCGUGGCGAUUUACAACAUCCCAAAAUUCCUCCGGCCCAAUGCUGCUUGGUCAUACAAAACAGCAUUUAUGUGCAGUCUAUGGGAUGUGACGAUGAAUUAUUGGACGACUGUUCAGAAACUCUGGCCAAAGUCACUGGAAGCAGGCCCGUUGGGGAAUCAAUUCAUUGUGCUCACCCCCCAAAAGACCAUUACCACGAAGACCGAAGAAGGCCAAGAACAAACCCAAUCCGAAGUCUAUAAGGGAAUCACUUGCUCGGUUACGGGAGUUGAGCCCUUGCCCGUUGGGGCUGUCUGGUUCCCAGAGACCCCAGCUGAACCUCCACGGCGACUAAUCAUUCACUUCUACGGGAGUGCCUAUGUGAUGUUCGGUAGUCGUCCCGGUGAAACUGGCGAAGUAGGUAUCAAUGGACUCAGCAAAAGGUCCGGAUGGCCAGCACUUGCCAUUCAAUACCGCUUGUCUCGGGAUAAGAAAACCACAUUCCCUGCGGCACUCCAGGAUGGAAUCACUGCCUACGUUUAUGCUCUCGAGGAACUUAAGAUCCCAGCAUCUCAGAUCGCAUUUGCUGGCGACUCGGCAGGCGGCAAUCUCGUCGUGGCUCUGCUCCGCUACAUCAACGAGGAGAACCCGGUGCUUCCGUUACCUCGCUGUGCAGUUCUGUCGUCUCCUUGGGUCGGUCUGAGCACCAAAUCCAUUGAGGAUUUGCCCCUGAACCGCAAUUACAACACCGACUUUGUCAAACAGAAUUUCCUUGACUGGGGCCGGAAGGCCUUCAUACCUGAGGGGUGGGAUAGCAAUAACUCCUGGAUCACGUUUCUAGGAAACGAGACUCAGCUGGGUAUCCCGGUCUUUGUCAAUACUGGUACAUCGGAAGUCCUUUAUGAUGACAUCAUGAAGUUUGCCGAGAACUUGAGGGAGAAGGGUAAUGAGGUUGAAGUGCUCGAAACUCCUAACUCAUCCCAUGUCCCUUAUCGGCUUGGUAACGAUUGGGACUUGGAAGAAGCUCAGGCUAUUUGCUUGGCGACUAUGACUAGAUUUCUUGAGAAAACCAGUGAUUGA